CCGCAUUCCGCAUCCCGAACAACGAGCCGAAGAAAUAGACCGACGCCAUCGACCAUACACCCAAUGGGAGGCGGGUAAAUGGUAAUAUCAGACUAAAAAAAAAGACUUCGGCUCAAGCCACCAGCUCGGCCAUCCCCACCCAUUAUUUUACUAAGAUACGUUUCCUUAUAUCUAGCGACCAUCGGCGUCAUCUCAACGACUAGACUAGCUAUACCAUACCACGUCGUCGUCGUCGUCAAUUGGGCUUCGAAGAGGGUUGCUAUUUGUUAAAUCAUCCUUGAUUUUGCUGCUCACGAGCCUCUUUCGCCUGUCGUCUGAAACAUAUCCUUCUCCUACGCUUCGUCCGCAUCAGCCUCGCCACACCAUCUCCCACCGCACAACAACAACCCAUCAUGUCGUUCUCCAGUCUCGUUCAAGACCUGUCCAUCCGCGACACCAACAACCCCCGCCGCCGAGCUCCUGGCGCCGGUGCCCCCUCAGUUUCGACAGUCGACGACCGUGCUUCGCACAUCUCUCGCGCCAUGUCCUACGCUAGCACAGCAGCCACAAGCGUCAGCAUCGCUGGCGACAUCUCGAGCCAGCUUCACGGUGGCUACCACCAUCCCCUUGCUCGGUCCUGGCAGGCUGACCGCCAAUUGACCAAGUCUAUGCUCAUUUACCCCCUCUUCAUUUCUGACAUCGAAGACGAUGAGACCCUCAUACCUUCCCUCCCCGGACAGUGCCGUCGUGGUCUCAACAAGCUCGUCCCAUUCCUCGAACCCCUCGUGCGCAAGGGUCUCAAAUCGGUGAUGUUGUUCGGUGUUCCCCUACAGCCGGGCACCAAGGACGCCCUCGGCACAUCCGCCGACGACCCAAAAGGCCCCGUUAUGCAAGCAAUCGGACUUUUGCGCCAGCGAUUCCCCCAACUCUUCAUCUCCGUCGACGUGUGUCUGUGCGAGUAUACCUCACACGGCCACUGCGGCAUCUUGCGUGACGACGGCUCGCUCAACAAUCAACUCUCCGUGGACCGCAUCAGUGACGUUGCCAUAGCGUACGCCCAGGCCGGUGCCCAUUGCGUUGCGCCAUCCGACAUGAACGACGGCCGCAUUCGCGCCAUCAAGUUGAAGCUGAUCGAGGAGGGCAUCGCACACAAGACGCUCCUGAUGUCGUAUGCCGCCAAAUUCUCAGGCUGCCUCUAUGGGCCCUUCCGCGACGCCGCCAUGUCUUCCCCCUCAUUCGGUGACCGCAAGUGCUACCAGCUACCGCCCGGAGGCCGCGGUCUUGCCCGCCGUGCCAUCACGAGAGAUAUCGGUGAAGGCGCCGACAUCAUCAUGGUUAAGCCCGCAGCCCAGUACCUCGACAUCAUCAGCGACGCCAAGGAACUCGGCCGCGAUCUCCCCAUCGCAGCCUACCACGUCAGCGGCGAAUACGCCAUGGUACACGCCGGUGCCAAGGCUGGUGUUUUCGACCUCAAGACUAUGGCAUUCGAGGUAACCGAGGGCAUCCUGCGCGCCGGGGCCAACAUCGUCGUCAGCUACUUCACCCCUGACUUCCUAGACUGGCUUGACAACUAAAUCCACCAUUUUACGUAUUAACUGUCCAUGAGUAUUUUAUUAUAGAGUAACUGAAUUGUUAGACGGCGUUAGGGAAAGCUGUUCAUUAUGAUCUGCGGGCGUUAAAGAAAUUAGGAAGCGGUAUAUCGUAAGGCGAUGUCAUGAAAUGAACUACUAGCAUUUGGGAUGUAUUGGCAUGAAAUCAUUGCAUGGCAAGCGGAUUGGCUCAAAACAAAAACCGGAAUAAUGAAGAAUAAAAUAUAUUUUGUCUUAACCAAAUUGUGUCUUCAUCACGCAUGGAUGU